GUUUCGUCGCGUGCUGUUUCCCCUAUUUUCUGAGCCUUUUUUCGUUUUUCGUUUUUGGGUUUUUGGAUUUUUUGCGAAAUGCGGCUGUCGACUCGCACGCUGACUGUUUCCGUGCUCGUUGGCGUUUGCUUACUGGUCGCAUUUGCAAACCGACCAACAGCAUGGCCGACUCUGCCGACAGUGCCAGUGGUGGCGCAAGUCGUGUCUGUCGUGUCUGUCGUGACGGCCGAACCAGCGGCGCCAGGCGACAACCACCGAAUCGACGGCACUGCCGCUGAUGCUGACACUGAAGAAGAACCUCCCAUCACGCCGCAGCUUCAGUGGCGUGCAGAGGUCUGCGAGCGGACGGCGCUCGACUGCGCCACUGCGAUUGCGCCAUGCGUCGACCGCCCGCCAGACAGGCGACACGAUCCGAUCGCGUUCAACUUGCCGUUCAGUCAGGACGUGUGUGAGACUGAAAUCCGGCCCAUCGCGGGCUGCUAUCCGGACGAGCUCCAAAAGUGCCUCCAGCGCGGCGCCGGCCAGAACAAGUGGAUUGUCUUUAUUGGCGACUCUGUCACUCGCAAAAUGUUUGAGAGAACCGCUCUCUUGCUUGGUCCCGAGGUCUUUGAACCGCUCGAAAUGUCGGGGGACAGGCACAAUCGCUUUACCAUUGCGCCACAUUACGAAAACAAGGAAUUCCUGGCAUUCGGUCAGGUACUUUUGACAGAGCUGUUUAUCGGUGGCUCAACAGACGAACACUUGCUGGACAAUUUCAGAGUGGGACUGCAGCUCCCAGAGGAAGACCGCCUUCGGCUGCUGGCCCGGCAAGGCUUGGGCGCUGACAGUUUGCUUUAUCGCAAGCCAGACCGCGUCUUUGUCAAUGUGGGGCUGUGGGAUUCGCGCGAUGUUCCAGUGCCUCAAUACCGAGAACAGCUUUCAAAGUGGCCUUUGUUCUUCCACAACGAGAUGAAGCUGUCGGCCGACGCUAUGGUGUGGCGGUCGACAACACCGACAUCCGAUCGACUGCCUACGCAAGAUCCAAGCCGUGCUGAAAUGACGGUUGGCAAAAUUUCCGCCAUGAAUGACGUUGCGUACGACAUUUUCGUUCAAACCUCGGGCUGGCACUUUCUCGACCAGUUCAACCUCGUUGGUGGUUGGGACGCUUCCAAGCGAGAGCCCCUGAUUGCAGGCGAUCGUUACCAUCCCUUGCUUUCAGUCAUCUGCAUGCUCGCCGAGUAUGCCCUCAACUCGAUUUGCAUGCUGCCACCACCUUGAGGGGGGCGUGUUUUUUGUGUCCUUGACUUUGGCUUUUGCGAAUGCUGUAUGUGAAAGUGUGUGUGUGUGCUAUUUGAUGUCGAGCUUGGGGUUUCUCGACCAUUACAGUUUUAUUCUCGUUGCAACGAAUUGAGUGAAUAAACAGACUGAAUGAAAG